AUGUCUCAGGCCCAUCAAUUACUACGGAUAGCAUUGGCCAUCAUCAUGAUCACCGUCCAGAUCGAUUGCUCGCCAUCGAGAGAACUCGACGAAAGCGGGCUGCCUCCACCAGCACCAGAAGUCCAGUGUAGCGUGUGCACGUCUUGCAACAAUCCGUGCAACCAAAGUCCACCUCCGCCACCACCGUCGCCACCGCCGACCCCAAAGAAGCCUCGGUCGCCAGACUGCCCGCCGCCUCCACCGACACCGUAUUUUUACAUGGGGGGGCCGCCUGGGUCCUUGUAUCCCAUCGAUCCAAAUCAUUUUCCGUCGGGCACUAAUCGGAAAAUCAUCUCAUCGCUGACAAUUUUCAUAUUGUGUGGAUUGUUAGGCCUGGUGGCGUUUUGA